AUGGCUCCUAUCAUUCUACUGGUGUUUUUCAUCAUCCAGGAUACUGCAUCUCUUUUCCACAUCAUCAUUUUCCUCUUGUUCUUCAACACCUUUUUCUUGCAGGCUGGCCUCGUCCACCUUGGAUUCCGUAAGUGCAAAGGGACCAUCGUCCUCACAGCUGUGUUCUUCGCCCUCAGCAUCUCCCUUCAUGUCUGGGUCAUGAAUUUACACUGGAAACACUCCAACUGCUUUGUCUGCACACAGGGACUUCAGAUGCUUUUGUAUUCCAGAGCUGCAGCAGUAUUAUACUGUCACUUCUACAAAUGGACAGCUGUGAGACUGGGUGAUCCUCACUUCUGCCAGGACUCUUUAUGGCUGUGCAAGUUCACACAAGUCCAAUUCUUGCCACGUUGA